AUGGUUGGAUACAGUGUCUUAAAGACGCUGUGCUAUACUCUAAUGGGCUAAAACUUGGGCUAUUUUAAUUUGAAAAAAAAUAAAAAUAAAAAUUUCAUGCGUGACAUGUAAUCCGUCAAAAUUUCGAAGUUCUCGACUCCAUGAUAAUAGGAGGCCAUUUUAUCCAUGGUCUACAGCUACACGCCUUAUCCAAACUCCCAAGAAUGCAGCAGGCAGUGGCUCCACCGCGAGUCACUGUAACCGCCGCGCGCCGGCCGCAGCAGAUUGCGACGAAGGACAAUAAGACCGCAAAAGGCCGGAGCAUCAACGUAGGGUUCGGGGGAAAACGAAAGGAGCAAUUAUGGCAGUGCGUCGAGGGAUGCGGCGCCUGCUGCAAGCUCGCCAUGGGGCCCUCCUUCGCCACGCCGGAGGAAAUCUUCGAGAAUUCUUCCGAUAUCGAGCUCUAUAAAAGCUUGAUUGGCGCAGAUGGAUGGUGCAUUCACUACGAGAAGAGCACACGUAAAUGCUCCAUUUACGCCGAUCGUCCAUACUUUUGCCGCGUAGAGUCUCCUGUAUUUGAGAAGUUAUAUGGAAUCAAAGAAAAUAAGUUCAACAAGACCGCUUGCAGUAGCUGUAGGGACACUAUAAAAGCAGUCUAUGGUUUCCCAUCCAAGGAAUUGGAAAACUUCAACAAGGCAGUUCAGAGCUGAGUCUGUAUAAAAUACAAAGGGUCUGAAGGAGCCUUCAAUAACAUGUAUUCCAGAAGAUAAGAGAAAUGGUGUAUAGCACAUGUUGGCCACUAUGGAGACGGUCUGUGCAAGGCAUGUCUCUGCCAGAAAGCAAAGAAGAAAAGGGAUUCUUAGCCAGCAGUUGGAGGCAGCUACUUUCUUCUUGUUCAAUCUCGGUGAAAGAAAUGAGAUAAGAUGCUUUGGCAACUAAUAUGGAAAUGCCUUUCCCUUUUUGCUGCUUUUCAUCCCCCAAAAAAAGCUGCUUCGAAUAUUGCCUUUUGCAAGCUAAAAAGUGAGGAAAACGUUAGAAUUAGAACAUUGUUAACUUAACAUAUUAUGUGGAUGAAGCAUGUGAUGUAGCAGUAGGAAUUCAACCUUUAUAAAGAGAUUUCAUUCUCUUGAUUGGGUGAAUGCUUUUAUUGGGUGGAAAUGAACAAUGCCUCCACAUUAAAAUGUAGGAAUUGGUCCCGAGUUCACCGCAAUAAGUACCUAUUUUCGUUGUCUUGAAAAGUUAGUUGUACCUGUCCUGUGAUUUCAAAAAGAGUAUGUUUUUAGAUUAGAAUGGAAUCCACUACAAAUAUGGUGUUUUCUU